AUGUCGUCUGAUGGGGAAGAGGAGUUUGAGUUUGAGUUUGAGGAUGAUGAUGAGGGGUUUGAUCCAGAAGCUGACUCAGCAGGCGAAUCGAUUUCCGAUGCGGAGGCUUUCGAUAUCAUGAGUCCAACGCUUGAAGAACCGCCAGAGAAGAAGCCGUACGAUGUAAAUUAUCGCGUGCGGACGAUGCAGGAGAUCAUGGAUAUGCAGACCAAGGAGGUCAAGAAGGUGCAGAGUCUUCUCGAAGUUCCGGCCGACACCGCCGCUACCCUGCUCCGAUAUUACGCCUGGAACUCGGAGAAGCUUCAAGAGCAAUUUUGGAACGACCCGACCGCCGCCCUCGUUUCCGCCGGUCUCUCCCCACCUUCUUCCCCAUCAACCAGCACCCAGCCGCUGCCCUCUCCACUCGCCUCGCCUCGCCCCUUUGAGUGCCCGAUCUGCUGCAUGGACUAUACGAAGGAACAGACGGCGACGCAGACUUUGGCGCUGGGUUGCGGACAUCGAUUCUGCCGGGGAUGCUGGACGGAGUAUGUCGUUGGAAAGAUUACGACGGAGGGAGAGAGCGGGAGGAUACAGUGUAUGGAGAGUGGAUGUAGUCGGAUCGUGAGGGCGGAGCCGAUCGACGAGCUGGUGACGAGUGACGUUUCAAAGAAAUAUCACAACCUCCUCAACCAAGCCUUCGUUUCCGACGCCCCCUCCCUCCGAUGGUGCCCACACCCAGGAUGCGAGCACAUCAUCGAGUGCUCCCAGGCGCCACAGAAGAUGCUUAAUCAGCUCGUACCUACUGUCACUUGUCGGUGCGGGAAUGACCUAUGCUUCGGUUGCGGCUACCCCGCUUCGCACCGGCCCGUCAUCUGCCGUAUCGUCAAGCUCUGGGAGAAGAAGUGCGCCGAUGAUUCCGAGACUGCAAACUGGCUUCAGGCGAACACAAAGGAGUGUACCAAGUGUCAGUCGACCAUUGAGAAGAAUGGCGGGUGCAACCACAUGACGUGUAAGAAGUGUAAAUGGGAAUUCUGCUGGGUCUGUAUGGGCCCCUGGUCGGAGCACGGGACGGCAUGGUAUCAGUGCAACCGGUUCGACGAGAAGAGCGGGUCGGACAACAGAGAUCAUCAGGCCAAGAGCCGGCAGAGUCUCGAGCGGUAUCUCCACUACUUCAACCGCUGGGCAAACCACGAGCACUCGGCCAAGCUCGACGCGGAUUUUUACAAGUCGACCCAAAAGAAGAUGGAGCAGAUGCAGAGCAGCGCCAACAUGUCGUGGAUCGAAGUGCAAUUCGCCAAGCAGGCGGUGGAUACUGUGAUUGCGGCGAGAAUCACGCUCAAAUGGUCUUACUGCAUGGCGUUCUAUUUGAAACGCAAUAAUAUGACGGAGCUGUUUGAGGAUAAUCAGCGUGAUUUGGAGCGGGCGGUAGAGACUCUCGGGUAUAGCUUGGAGCAGAAUAUUGGGGAUGUGGGGGCAAUCGCCAAGCUCAGACAGGAGGUGACGAAUCAGUCGGCGUAUGUGCAGAAGAGGCAUGAUAUCCUCAUGGACGAUACGCUCCGCGGGUAUCUGGAGCACCGGUGGGAAUUCACCGUCUGA